AAAAAAUUAGGGUUCAUUCUAUACGUUCCUCUCAUUUCUCAAAAAAUCAAAGGGACAGGGCAGCAGCCCAUCUCGGACACUCUCCCUCCGCUGUCCGCACUUCUACUCCCUACUCCGAUUUCUCUCUCCUCUCUCUAGCAGAAAACUCAGAAACUUGUUUCGCAAAACCCACCGUCUCUUCUUCAGAACUUGGAGACACAACAAUGGCGUCUGCUUCUAUGACCUUCACACUUAUAAAGCCCUCCACUUGCUUCCUCCCCAAGUAUUCUUCUUCUUCUUCUUCUUCUUCUUGUUCUUCUACGUCUCCCAGGUUUAGGGUUUUCACUCUCAGAUGCUCCUCCCAAGUUGCCGCCUCUGCAGAAAGACCUUGGAAGGUGUCAGAUGCUAGAUUGGUGCUUGAAGAUGGUUCGGUGUGGAAAGCCAAGUCAUUUGGUGCUUCAGGAACCCAAGUUGGUGAAGUUGUAUUCAAUACAUCUUUGACUGGGUAUCAGGAAAUUCUUACUGACCCUAGCUACGCUGGUCAGUUUGUGCUGAUGACCAAUCCACACAUUGGAAAUACUGGUGUAAAUUUUGAUGAUGAGGAGUCAAGUGAAUGCUUCCUUGCUGGUUUAGUGAUCAGAAGUUUAAGUAUCGGUACUUCAAAUUGGCGAUGCAAAGAAACACUAUGUGAUUAUUUGGCAAAAAGGAACAUCAUGGGAAUUUAUGAUGUUGACACACGUGCAAUUACUCGUAGAUUAAGGGAAGAUGGAAGCCUCAUUGGUGUCUUGAGUACAGAGGAAUCUAAGACAGAUGAGGAACUAUUAAAAAUGUCAUGGUCAUGGGACAUUGUUGGAAUUGACUUAAUCAGUGGUGUUUCAUGCAAGGCUCCUUAUGAAUGGGUUGAUAAAACAAAUUCAGAAUGGGAUUUUAACUCCACUGGUGGAGAAACAUUCCGGAUUGUUGCGUACGACUUUGGAAUUAAGCAUAACAUACUUAGGCGAUUGGCGUCUUACGGCUGUAAAAUUACUGUUGUGCCAUCGACAUGGCUGGCAUCAGAGACCCUAAAGAUGAAGCCAGAUGGGGUUCUGUUCAGCAAUGGCCCUGGAGAUCCAUCAGCCGUUCCAUAUGCUGUUGAAACAGUCAAGCAAAUACUUGGAAAGGUUCCUGUUUUUGGAAUUUGUAUGGGUCAUCAGUUGCUCGGCCAGGCACUAGGGGGGAAAACCUUUAAAAUGAAGUUUGGUCACCACGGAGGAAAUCAUCCAGUUCGUAAUCUUAGAACUGGUCAUGUUGAGAUUAGUGCGCAGAAUCACAACUACGCUGUUGAUCCUGCAUCCCUCCCGGAGGGUGUGGAAGUGACUCAUGUAAAUCUUAAUGAUGAAAGCUGUGCUGGCCUUGCUUAUCCUGCAAAAAACAUUAUGUCUCUUCAAUAUCACCCUGAAGCAUCGCCGGGACCUCAUGAUUCGGACUAUGCUUUUAGAGAGUUCGUCGAACUGAUAAAGAAAGUCAAACAAAAUGCAUAAGCAAGCUUCACCCAGUUUUUCUGCGAUCACCAACUCUUUUGGGGUGGCAAUGGAUAAUGCUCAGACAGUAAGAAGGCUUCAAUUUUCAUGUGGAGAACAAGCGGAAGAGAAACUGGCUUCCUUUCCCCCCUCCGUUUUCUGUCACAAUUUUGUUUGUAAUAGGAGAGAACAUAGUAGAGAGAUAAAGAAACUUAAUUUGACACAUUUUAGUUUGUCCUUGAAGAUAUUUAGAAAUCCAAGUUAGUAACCUGAGUGUAUUUCGCCAAAUGAUGGUUGAUUUAUCAUGGAUUACAUAUAAUAAGUAUAAUGUUGUGAAAACCUUGUACGUCUUGUCUAAAACCUUGUCAUACAAUUGGACAAUUCAUUUCACUAGGACAUCCAUUUUAACUUUGUGUUGGCUGGAGUUGCGGCGUUCUCUC